GAGAGAGAGAGAGAGAGAGAGAGAGAGAGAGAGAGAGAGAGCAGUCAGUUUGAUGCAGAGCUUCACAGAGGACAGCUUCGUGGCCAAAUGAGACCGGACUACCCAAUCAGACCAGACCAAUACUCAACCAGAUGAAACCAGUUUAAUGAGGAUUUGUGUGUGUGUUGAAAGAUCUUUUGUCACAAGAACCUAAGAACAUGUGUAAGAACAUCCAUGUCAGUGUGUGCAUGUUAAAGGUGAAUUAGUGUGAGUGUGAUGUGAAGGCGGUCACCAUGUCUGAGGAGGAAAGGAUUAACUGCACAAUCAGCUAUGCAAUCCACCAGUACCUCUUCUCCAGUGUGUACAUCCUUGUACUAUUGGUUGGUGUUCCCUCCAACAUGUACUCUCUGUACCAUGCUGCUGUACAGCUGAAGCAGAAGAAUGAACUGGGAGUUUAUUUAAUGAACCUCACUGUAUCUGAUCUGUUGUACCUGGCAUCGUUACCAGUGUGGCUACAAUAUUUCAUUCAGGACGACGAUUGGCAUCACAGGGAAUGGUUGUGUCAGUUGUGUGGCUUCCUACUGUAUGAAAACAUCUACAUCAGCAUUGGCUUCCUGUGCUGUAUCAGUCUGGAUCGCUACCUAGCUGUGGUUCAUCCUUUAAGAUUCACCUCUCUCCGCUCUAUGAAUGCAGCAUGGCUUGUUAGUGCUAUCAUCUGGCUGAAGGAGAUUGCAGUAGGCGUGGUCUUCUUCCGCCACAAAGAACUGAGCAAAGACAGCAAGAACCAAUCAGUGUGCUUCGAGCACUACCCCAUGGAGCCGUGGGAGUACCCGAUCAACUACUACCGCUUCACAAUUGGCUUUGUAUUCCCGCUGUCCAUUCUGUCGGUCAGCUACCUGUGCGUCCUCCGUGCUGUGGGCCGGAGCGCAGGGACACAGCCGAUUCAGAAGAUAAGGAUCCGACAGUUGGUCGGCAGCACCAUUCUCAUCUUCCUUGUUUGUUUCUCCCCAUACCAUGUCUUCUUGUUAGUACGCACCCUCCUGGAGCGGGACUGCGACUUUAUUUCAAAAAUAUUUAACUACUACCACCUGUCCCUGCUGCUGACCACCCUGAACUGCGUGGCGGAUCCUGCUCUCUACUGCUUCGUCAGCGAAAGUGCCCGCCGCAGCCUGUACAGAGCCGUAAUCCAACCCUUUGCCAGGAUACUCUGUUGCUGCUGUCGCCGUGGCAAAGCGAGUCCCGCCAACCCGGCUAUAGAUUCACAUGAGGUCCCAACUGACGAGAACAACGUCCACCCAACAGUGAUGCUUCUCACUCACACCAGCACACUCAACAAUGCAAAAACAGACCCUGCCAUAAAAAACACAAUUUUAAUUACACAGAUGGAUGAAAAAACAAUCAUACCCUCAAUUGUACAAAGUAACAAAAAUUGACAAAAGUUUGGACAGUUCUUUAUAGAUCAACUUUAAACCAUUUAAAAAAAGCCUGCUGUGGUUGAGCUUGAAAUUAUGUUGUGUCUGGGCAUUGACAAAAUCAGGUGAGCCAACUUAAUCCACUCUUGGGUGCACUGUUUUUACAGUUACCAUAAUAUUUGCUUUACCUGUCCAUUGCUGCAGCCCCUCUUUUUAGCCUCUCUCUGAAACGCUUGAUUUUAGCUCCUGUCUCUUUAAGCCUGCACUCCAAAAAAAUCUGUCUUCUCUGAUUGGCCGUCUCGUCCAAUCUGUGGUGAGUGGCCAACUGCUUCCAGUGUAUGUAAGAAAACAUGGCCUCCAGUUUCCCUUUACCUGACUUUGUUAGGAGGUGUGUCCGUCCGACUAGCUGCACAUUUAGAAAAUUUGGGGCAGCCUGUCUCAUGAUGUCAAAUGACAUCAUGAUGAUGUGUUCAGGUGAGGUAAUUCAGGUGCAGUGUUGUCUGUUGGGGAGAACAGAUCCCUUUAUUGUAGAAUAUAUAACACCCUAGAGGAAUCUGAAAAAGCUUUUAAGUCGUAAAAUCACGAUUUUGCCCAUCAUUCUAUACUCAGUAACCCAUCCAAAAAGCUGCAUCAAUUUACAGAAGUAUUCAGACACUUUGCUUUGGCUCCAAAUUGUGGUCAUGUGCCUCCUGAUGUUUGACCAUCUGGGGAAAAUGUAUUUGAGUGGACACACAAACACACCUGUGUAUAAGCUCCUACAGUUCAUGCUGCAGUUCAGAUAAAACACAAGCAAGGAACUGGACUGUGGACCUUGCAACAGAAUUAAAACCAUUUUCCAAAGCUCUGAGUGUUUCCAAGAAGUUACAAUGGCUUGAAUAAUUGUGAAAAGGAAAACGUGUAUAAGCAUCAAGACUUCAGUUCCCAGAUACUCCCCAUCCAGUCUGGUUGAUAUUUAGAGGGAUUGUCAAAAGAUAAACUGGCCAAAUCAAAGAUUGUUGAAACUAACUGCUGCCAAAGUCUUCAACUCUACUAAUGGGUUGUCACCUUGUCAUAACCUUGUCUAGCCCUAACCCUAACCCUAGGGGGCAAUGAGUGUAGGUUGAGUAAAACUGCACUACAGUCAUCUUCUGAUUUCACUAUUAGAAUAAGUGAAUUUUUUAUGUACUAUAAUGAUGGGAGGGAUAAGUCUUUAAGAGUGAAAACAAGUGAACCAAUUAUUCUCUUUUUGCAGCGCAGUCUGAUCCUUUCAAAAAUCGAUCUGAUAUACUACCUAGAGAAAAACACAUUACUUUCACAAUUCUUCUACCUAUUGAGAUAAAGCAACAGCACAAAUACACAGUACCAGAACAUAUGUAAUCCAACUUUGAAGUGGUAUUGAAAUCCCAAAUGCAGCAUAAGCACAUAUUGAUGUGACAUAUUACAUGACAGUAAAUCAAUACAUGAACGGUGUGAUAAUGUCGCAGUGUAUAGAAUUUAGUGGUGAAUGUGCAUGUUGCAGGUCAAUACCCCUCACCUCAUUCUCCCCUUCCCAACAUGAAAGAGAACCUGUGGUAACCUUCAGUUGUCAUAAAAACUCAAAAGGUGUUUAGAUUGUCCAGUCUGGGCUACUACAAGAAACAUGGCUGCCUCCAUAGAGAUGCCC